AGCGAGCCCGAGGAUGGGACUGCGCCCGCAGCUCUCGCUGGUUCAGGCCCUUCUGCUCCUGGGCCUGGAACCUGUCUCCACCUUCCUGCAGGACCAGCACUGUGAGAGCCUGUCACUGGCCAGCAACACCUCUGGAUUGCAGUGCAACGCAUCUGUGGAUCUCAUUGGCACCUGCUGGCCCCGGAGCCCUGCAGGGCAGCUGGUGGUACGGCCCUGCCCUGCCUUUUUCUACGGGGUCCGCUACAACACCACAAACAAUGGCUACCGGGAGUGCUUGGCCAAUGGCAGCUGGGCCGCCCGCGUGAAUUACUCGGCGUGCCAGGAGAUUCUGAACGAGGAGAAGAAGAGCAAGGUGCACUACCACGUGGCCGUCAUCAUCAACUACCUGGGCCACUGUGUCUCCCUGGCGGCCCUCCUGGUGGCCUUCGUCCUCUUUCUGCGGCUCAGGAGCAUCCGGUGUCUGAGGAACAUCAUUCACUGGAACCUCAUCUCGGCCUUCAUCCUGCGCAACGCCACGUGGUUUGUGGUCCAGCUCACCAUGAGCCCCGAAGCCCACCAGAGCAACGUAGGCUGGUGUAGGCUGGUGACAGCUGCCUACAACUACUUCCACGUGACCAACUUCUUCUGGAUGUUCGGCGAGGGCUGCUACCUGCACACGGCCAUCGUGCUCACCUACUCCACUGACCGCCUGCGCAAGUGGAUGUUUGUCUGCAUUGGCUGGGGUGUUCCUUUCCCCAUCAUCGUGGCCUGGGCCAUCGGGAAGCUGUACUAUGACAAUGAGAAGUGCUGGUUUGGCAAAAGGCCUGGGGUGUACACCGACUAUAUCUAUCAAGGCCCCAUGAUCUUGGUCCUGCUGAUCAACUUCAUCUUCCUCUUCAACAUCGUCCGCAUCCUCAUGACCAAGCUCCGAGCAUCCACUACAUCUGAGACCAUUCAGUACAGGAAGGCUGUGAAGGCCACGCUGGUGCUGCUCCCGCUGCUGGGCAUCACCUACAUGCUGUUCUUUGUGCACCCCGGUGAGGAUGAGGUGUCCCGCGUCGUCUUCAUCUACUUCAAUUCCUUCCUGGAGUCCUUCCAGGGCUUCUUCGUGUCUGUGUUCUACUGUUUCCUCAACAGCGAGGUCCGCUCUGCCAUCCGGAAGAGGUGGCACCGGUGGCAGGACAAGCACUCGAUCCGUGCCCGCGUGGCCCGCGCCAUGUCCAUCCCCACCUCCCCGACCCGCGUCAGCUUCCACAGCAUCAAGCAGUCCACGGCGGUGUGAGCCACAGGGCCAUAGA